UUUUAGUUAUGGGGCAGCAAAGAGGUAAAACUCAUUUCCUUUUAUAUCCGCCACAUGCCCAUCAUAUGCAGAGUCUUCUACAAGUGCGUUAAAAUCGCAAUUCCAGCUUAAUAAUAUUCUGAUAAACGAUUCCCUAUCGUAGUAAUCUCGCACAUCGAACAUCUGUGAUCACAGGCCUAUCAGAUGUCUUCCGCUUAAAUCAUAUUUUCAACUUGACGUAUUCACGACGUACCUUGUGAUUAGGUGCCGUUGGUAAUAAAGCCACCUGUGCCUGUUUGGUAGUCAGGCAGUCUGCUGCUUUGUUGACGGAGCAUUGAAGAAGGUAGGCAACUCUCCAACCUCACAUUGUCAAUCAAGCUGGCAAAUAUGGUCUCAGUGAACAUCUUUGUCAUCCACUGCUUCACGGCCAGCGUGUUUUUCUUCGUAGUCUGGCCCUCUGUGCAAGGCUUGCAUGGUUACAUUCAAUCAAAAAACCCUAAGUUCCACAAGAAUGGGGCUGUGACAUUUAGUGACACGUGCGAGACGCACACACCAAAGCCCGAGAAUGUGCCGGACAAGAACAAGCACGGACCGUUCAAACCAAUCGUAUUCAAGGUGGGAGAAAAAGUGGUCACAGACGAUUGCUUCCGGUGCCAAUGUUUCUUGGAGUAUAUGAAAUGUUUUCCAUUUGGAGUAAACACCUGGAUCGAUUUUGUAGCUCCCGAAGGCUGUCAAUAUGACAUAAGGGGCUGUGAGGAUAUCCCGUUGGUCAAGAUAGACAAUCCUUCUGAACCGUGCUUUUAUUCCGGGUGAACCACCCCGUCCAUUGUUAGCAAGUCAAGGUACUUUACUUCAGGGUUAUGUUUCCUUAUUGCUACUAACCAGAAAAAUGUUUCACCAACUGUAUGCUUGAAAUACUAUUAAAAUUGGUUUUAAAACAUUGUUUUGAUAGUUGAUAUUUGUCUUUUUGUCUAAUUAAAAAAGUGAGGAGGGAGGGGGACAAGAGAUUCAAUAACCACUCUCUGAUUGGAAAAUGACACAUUUUUACUGAAUGUUUUCUUAGUUGUUAAAGAUAAAAAUAGUCCAGUAAUUUUUUUGACAUAAACCUACCUAAUAGAGAAUAGAAAUCUGGAUAAAAAGACUGAAAAAUGAAAUCUUCUCUGUGUGUGUGUGUGUGCGUGCGUACUUGUGUGUUACUGAUACUUAAUAAAACUGUUUGUCCAACCUCACAAUACUUGCGAAGAAAUAUGUCUUUUAAAUACCGUUAGGUCCAUGUGCUUUGUUGAUUUGUGUACGUUUUCCCGGAGAAUGUUUUUUGUAGGUUUGUGGCAUCCAUUGUAAGAUACUACAGCUGUCUCCAACCAAACAAUACUACACUUUGAAGCUACACUGGAGUUAACUAUGUAGAAGCAAUAAUAAUAAAGCCUGCAUGUUAAUAUUGCACUUCCCUGCCAUGUGCACGAGCUGUGCAGGAAAAUCGAAUUGCAAACCAAACAAGAAAAUGAGUUCCAACAAAAACACAGAGAGGAGAUGC